AUGCCGUACGAGCUCCGAGGCACGAACGAGCAGAGGGAGGCGAGGAGAAUUGAAACUCGCCUCAACUUCGACUGGCUUGGAAAGAGCUGGCUCCCCUACGACAUUCUCAAAAUCGAAGAAGCCAACAUCUCUCCCAACUCCAACAUCGAGGCACGACUUACUGUGCUUAACCACAUGAGAGACAUCACGAAGUCAGCGAAGGCCAGCCACAUGAGGCUUUCCUAUCUUUGGAGCUUUGGCGGUCCUCUCCGUGAGGCGUAUAAGGAAGAGAGCUCACUGACAAGCGAAGAAUUCUGGAGGAUUGCGAGACAAAACCUGUCGGAAAGCGAGGCCCGCGCCAACUCCUCUUCCUUGAGCCAGGCAUCGGACAACGAAACAAACGACGCCGUUGCGAACAAACCGGCCCACUGGAAGCGACGCACAAUCAAGUUUCGAUCUUCAAGAAAUGUGCCCGAGCAAGCGCAAUCAACCGAGGCGCCGAAGCCAACUCCCAACCCCAUCGGCUCAGACCUAACAACGAUCUCUCCGGGGUAUCUCAUCAAUAAUGAGACGAGCAGUCAGCUCAAGGAACGCCUCGACACACUGACUUCACAAAUCGACAUAGUGAAGUCUCACAAGGAAUACCUGGAUGCCCGAAUCGCGACUUUGAAGCGGGCAGUCGAGAACCUUGAUGCCUUUCGAGGCGGAAUAGGAGUGACUUUCGACACCUACCAGGCUCGUUUUUCGACUCUUUUCUCUCACGGUAUCGCGGUCGGCACCAACGAAGCGGCGGAACUUGGCAGCUGCCUUGACACGAACGAAACAAGCGACUUGGCGGGAUUCUUUCAGAAUGACUGUGCGCAGUUCAAGCGGAAGCUGGAAGCACAUCGCGAAGUGUUCAAGUGCAACAUCGACGAAGCGUACCGCAAUUUGGCCGAGGUCAUGAAGGAGUCAGAGAAGCUCAACGUGUACAACAAUCUUCUCAAGGAUGUUUGUCAGUUGAAGGAGAACAUGGAACGCCACCCCGGUGCUUGGAAGAUGUGA